CGCUCACGUCCAGCAGAGGGCGACAAAACAACAAAGCCUUUGUGAUGCCUUCAAAGACACAUGGAAGCGUCGUUCUUCAGACAACUACGAGCGGUUUUAACAAGAAAUAAAAUGCCAAAGAUGAAGGAAAAAUGAACUAAUAUCAUGUAAAACACGAAUGAAUAAGAUUCCUGGUAGGCUGAAAUGCCACAUUUGACUGGGACUGUGCAUUUGCAAUGCAAAUAUGAUCAUUUUUUUUUUAAUUUUUGGACAAUUACUCUUACAUUGGAUGAAAUAGUAUUUGUAAUUUUGAGGUUCAUUUUACACUUUGCACCCUAAAAAAGGAUGGUUUUUGUUUCUUUUUCUUUGUGCUGCUUAAGUUUAAAAGAUUGCAUAGCAGGUUAACUAAACUUGAAGUCCCACUGAUCAUCUUUUGAGUUUUUAUUUGUUUAAAUUAUGAUUUUGCAUUUUUUUUCUGAAAUAAAAAAAAAUCUUUCAUCUUCUUGGACAUAGCUUCUGUAGAAUGAUAGUUUUAUUAGAAAUUCGCCUCUAAUUUGUGGGUGGGAUCGUUGGCGUAAAGCAACUCCACCCCUCUUCCCUUUCCCUGUUGCUGAGAGUUCUCUGUUUACACUCUUUCCAACAUUCUUAAAGCUCCCUCAAACCUCCAAGCUAACAUUAUUGCUGCAGCAAAAAUAUCUAGCAAUACUGGGGCAAUCAAGCCGUAUAGUUUUGAGCCAGAUACAGGGUCAGACAAGGAAAAUGAAGACGUUCAUGGAUCUAUUUGUCUAUAUUUGGAUUGAUUAGAAUGGAAAUGAGCAAGGAGCUUGUGGCCCGCCCAGAGUAUUUUUAACCAUCACAAAUACGCUAUUUUUUCAAUCAGCAUUUUUCAUCUGCUCCUGAUUCACAACGAUUUGAAUAAAGAAAUAUUCAGAAAUGCAAUUUUAAGCUUUAUUUUCUUUAUAUAUACCCUGCAUCACCAGCAAAAUGCUACAUAAACAUAACAUACCAAAAACACAAUUUUCAUCAGACUGGGUUUUUAACAGAUGUGUCUGUAAGCAAUUUUUCUGUUCUAAGAAAGUGUAUUUCCUCCAUUGAUGACACAUCCGCCCUGUAAACCGUAUCGUUACUGGGCGUCAUUUCUCGUUUACAAAGUGCUUUCAUAUCUUACAGUUAUUAAAAAAAAUCUGAUAAAUUAAACAGUCAAUCCGGGGCACACCUUCAUUAUUAAAAUCCGCCAGAAAAACCGCCCACCGCGCAAAGGCAAUCAACUGAAGAGCCACAGUGAGCCGCAGUCUGACAGGUGGCCCUGAAACAAGCAGCACUGAUGGAAAACAAACAGAGUGUGUGGACUUAGUCUGGUUCCUGGUGAUUUAAUGCCAAAUCUAAUCUUCUUCUCUGAGGAAGGCAGCGAUGCGGAGGACAGCAGCCAAACCUAAAAGACAAGUCCUGCGGGGAGCGGUUGACUUGUUUGGAGCUCAGCCGUCCUCCUGCCCCUCCAUGACAGAGGAGAUGUUUCUGGAAGCUGCGGAGUACGGCAACAUCCCUGAGGUGAGGCGGAUGCUGGAGGAGCUUCCACACAUCAACUGUGUAAACUACAUAGGCCAGAAUGCACUGCAGCUGGCAGUCGCCAACGAGCAUCUAGAAGUCGCCAAGCUGUUGCUGAAGAAGAAAGAGCUGAAGAGAAUCGGGGAUGCCUUGCUGCUGGCUAUCAGCAAAGGUUACGUCCGGAUCGUGGAGGCCAUACUGACCCAUGAGGCUUUUGCAGAUGGUCGAAGGCUGACCGACAGUCCCGGUCAAACACACGAUGACUUCUUUUCUUAUGAUGAAAAUGGCACUCGCUUUUCUGCAGACAUCACUCCCAUCAUCCUGGCCGCGCACUUUCAAGAGUACGAAAUAGUGCACAUGCUUUUUGUGAGGGGGGCCCGCAUACAGCGGCCCCAUGUUUACUUGUGUCAGUGCGGGCCCUGCAGCGAGGAGCAGCGGCGGGACUCUUUCAGCCACUCGCAGUCACGCAUCAACGCUUACAAAGGUCUGGCCAGUCCGGCGUAUCUUUGCCUCUCCGGCGAGGAUCCGGUGAUGGAGGCCUUAGAACUGAGCAACGAGCUUGCAGUUCUGGCCAACACAGAGAAGGAGUUCAAGAAUGAGUACAAGAAACUGUCCAUGCAGUGCAAAGACUUCGUGGUGGGACUCCUGGAUUUGUGCCGGAACACGGAGGAGGUGGAGGCCGUCCUAAACGGCGAGUCGCCUGCCCACUCAGGAACCGUCGGCAGACAAAACCUCAUCAGGCUAAAACUUGCAAUAAAAUAUGAAGUCAAAAAGGAUCAGUUUGUGGCACAUCCAAACUGCCAACAACAACUGCGCUCCAUCUGGUAUGAGAACUUGUCUGGGAUUCGCCAGCAGUCGAUGGCGGUUAAAGUUCUCCUUGUUUUCGCUAUGGCUGUUGGGUUGCCAGUUCUGGCACUUAUCCACUGGAUAGCACCAACAAGCAAGAUGGGGAAGCUGAUGGGUGGACCCUUCAUGAAGUUUGUGGCGCAUGCAGCUUCCUUCUGGAUGUUCCUCAGCCUGCUGGUCCUGAACGCAGCAGACCGCUUUGCCGGAACUUCCCUUCUGCCCAACAUGACCACGCGGGAUUACCCCUCCCAAGUGUUCCGGAUGAAGACCACCCCCUUCAGCUGGAUGGAGAUCCUCAUGAUUUCUUGGAUCAUAGGAAAAAUCUGGGAAGAAUGUAAAGACAUCUGGUUGCAUGACGUCCGAGAAUACAUCUCCGAGCCCUGGAAUCUUCUUGAUUUUAGCAUUUUGGCCAUUUUUUUGACCUCGUUUAUGGCCAGAUUUAUGGCUUUCUGGCAUGCACAUGCUGCCCAAAAUUAUAUUGACCAGCACUUUGAAAGCCAGUCCAACCUGACUUUACCCUCUGAGGUAGAAUAUUUCCAGCUGGCAAGAGUCCACUGGAUGCCCUCUGACCCGCAGCUCAUCUCCGAAGGCCUGUACGCCAUCGCCGUGGUGUUGAGCUUCUCCCGCAUCGCCUACAUCCUGCCAGCCAACGAAAGGUUCGGCCCCCUGCAGAUCUCGCUGGGGCGGACAGUCAAGGACAUCUUCAAGUUCAUGGUGAUCUUCAUCACCGUUUUUGUGGCUUUCAUGGUGGGGAUGUUUAACCUGUACUCCUACUACCUCGGGGCCAAGCACAACAAUGCCUUUACGACAGUUGAAGAAAGUUUUAAAACGCUGUUUUGGGCCAUCUUUGGACUGUCUGAGGUCAAAUCAGUGGUCAUCAAUAUCAACCACAAGUUCAUUGAGAACAUAGGCUACGUUCUGUACGGGGUGUACAACAUCAUCAUGGUGAUCGUCCUCCUCAAUAUGUUGAUCGCGAUGUUCAACAGCUCCUUCCAAGAAAUUGAGGAUGACGCCGACGUGGAGUGGAAAUUUGCAAGAGCCAAACUGUGGUUCUCCUACUUUAAGCAAGGCAGCAUCCUGCCAGUGCCUUUCAACCUCAUCCCGAGCCCCAAGUCGGUCCUUUCCAUCACUCGGGGAAUCCGGGAAUUUCUCUGGGAGUCAGAGAAAAGAGCUGACAACUCCUAUGAGGAGAUGGAACUGAGAACACUGAAGGGGAAGCCGUCGGUUUGCUCGACUCGUCACCAAAAAAUAAUGAACAUCUUGGUCAAAAGGUUCAUCUUAAAAGCACAAACGGAUAAAGAAAACAGUGAAGGGAAUGAAGCUGAACUGAAGAAGAUUAAACAGGACAUCUCCAGUCUGCGCUACGAGCUGCUGGAAAGGAGGAACCGGGACCAAAAGACAACGGCAGAGCUCGUUCAGGAGCUCAGGGAAGUCCUGCAAGAGGAGCAGAAACAGGAGCAGAAGCACGGGCUGCAUGCUCACCUAUAAAAGCUGGAAGAUGCACUAUGAGACCUACAGGACUUAGCUGUUUCAAAUUUAUAAGAGAUACAUUUACAACAAAGCUAAAAAUGUGAGCUUUAUGAUACUUGUUUGUUUUAACUGAAUAGAUUUUUUCAAGAUAGUAAUUAUUUAUUUCAGAAUAUUCAGCAUUUUUCAAAAGGUUGUGUUUUUUGUGCUUUUUAGUUUGACUUUUUUUGCUUGCAAUUUCACAUUUCACCACUAGGGAUCACUUUGCUGGUUUUAAAAGUUACAUUUGGAACACCUUAAAUGUCAGACAUGCAUGUACAAAAUAAUUUCGAACAUUUUAACAGCAAAUUAACAUUUUUAAGUUCCUUUGUGUUUUUUAUUUACAUUUUUAAAAUAAAAAUUAAAAGGUAAAAAUCUAACUUUUUGAAAAUCGUUUUAGAUAGAGUGAAAAUUAAUAUAUAUUAAGUGGAAAAAAAGUAUUUUUAUGUUUGAGAAAAAUAAGUUGAAAAACAAGGUGAAUAUAUUGUAUAUCUGAAGGUUUGAGAGGUAUUUUCUUGUAUAUUUAACCACUAGAUGUCAACUAUCAGACUAUCAGUUUUUGUGACAAACUGCUCAAAUCUUUUGAUAUAAAAUACACAUUUUACUGUAUAUUUAGUGUAAACUAGAUGGAACUGUGCACAACCAGUUUCCUUUCUUUUUGUUAUGAGAGUUGGUAUCUAGAAAUGAAAAUAAAAAGGUUUUAUCAAAAGAACAUUUCAUGAUAAAAUACUUUGAGGAAAAAAAAACCUUUCUAGAUUUUUAUUUUUGACUCAGUAGCGCAAAUAAAGUGUAUUAUUAGGACAAUUAUCCCCAACAAGGACAUAUUAAGUCUUGUUUUAAUGUUGUGGCUCUUUUUAAAUGUAUUUUAUAUAUGGGCAAACUUGAUGUAAUUAAAAUGAGAAUCUUCCCUUUUUGGAACAGAGAGACUUUGUGUUCUCCAAAGUGGCUGCAGCAGAUGCUGUGGAGCUCCGCCUCACUGCCAGGAAAGAUAAAUGUCUGGGGGCUUCUUGUUUACACACACCGCUCACCUCUGCAGUCGCAGGAGAAUUAAAAGCUAUACACCACUUUAUCUGUCAACCUUCUUAAAGAAGCAAAGACCAGGAAAACGGUAGAAAAUCUGGAGCCUGAUGGGAGGCUGAAGCAGAUAUGAGGGAGUUUUCUGAUUGUGUUAGUGUGGUUUCUCUAACAUUUUGUUUCCCCAAACGACUGAGCAAACACAGAAAAUGGACAAGGAGCUUUAUUGUCAUGGUAACAAAAACCAUGAGAAAACAGCUUAGCAUUAUUAUUAUAAAGCAUGUAAGAUUAAGAAAAGGACAAAGUGGAAUAAAACUACAGAGGUGGUUAGAACCAUCACCUCACGAGGAGAUGGUUCUGGUUUGAAUCCUGUUUGUGCGUGUGUGGGCUUUUUUUGGUCUAUUCCCCAAAGUCAUGUUUCAUAAGCUGAUUGUUGGUUCUGCUAUAAACCUGUCAGGGUGUGCACCGCCUUCACAGCUGGGAUGGGUUACAGUGACCCCCAUGACUAUUCUUAGGACGAACCGGAAGAUAAUUGCAAAAAAAAAAA